UUCGAAAAAUCGACCGACGUUUCAAUUUAAUAUCAGUCUUGAUAUUCUACAUUAUUUCCCUGGAGGCACGUUCACCAGUGAAACGCGACAUGGCGGCUGUAAUUAACCCCUUUAAAGAAGAGGAAAAACAGGGUAUAUUUCACAAUCUUAAACAGGAUGGAAGCCUUUGGACACGACACAAGGUAUUCUGCCACCUACAACCUUCGUUCAACGGUGGAAAUUCAAAGGGCUACACCCAGAAUAAUCCUCAGUCUAUGUUCGAUCGCUGUCUAAGACGUUUCGUGUUAGAAGAAAUUUAGUGAACAAUUUUAUUUUAUUUUGUUGGUGCUAUAAAUUACAAUUGAAUUGGUACUGAAUCCAAGAUUUGCCAAUCUUUGAUAAUUAUAAUAAUUCUAACAAUACUUUUGAAAAGUUGUGGAUAAUUUUUAUGAUUUGUGUAAAAAAAAGUUCAAAUUGAAUACUUUGAUGUUUAAUAAAAUCUUAAGAAUAUUGUAGAAAUUUUAAUCUUGAUAUUUUAUAAAAUGAGAGGUUUCAGUAAUAAUAUGUAGGUAGGAAGCUCGUCAAUUAUUGUCAGUUUUCGCUAGUGGAACAAUCAACGUCAAUCGAAACAGCAUCGUCGAUUUCAAGUCAGACGAAACUAUAUGUACGUCGAUACAGAAAUAUUACACUAUGGGUUAGAAAUAAAUUUACCUGUUACAGAUAACGCGCUACCUUUUUCUUGUUAAAAAAAAAAAAAGAGAAAAAUGAAAACAGGAUUUCUUAUCAUGACAACGUUCUGCAUGGCAAUGAGUAACUGCAUUUUACCAUCGCCUUUAACUUUGCAAUUAAUUCUGGAAUUUGCUAAAUGGAGAUCGUGGGAUCAAUUGGUGUUAUUCGAAAAUUUAACUUCUCUCGAUUGUGUAUUUACUUAUACGAGACCUUUGAUGGCAUGUUUCGCCGAAGAAGGAAUCAGCGUAUCAAUUCAGUCAGCUGUCAAUCCGAAUGUACCAGAUGCCCUUGUGAUCCAGAAGCAUCGGAUCGGAUCGAUCGUUUUGUUGGACGGGUUAAAUCUCACGUCCCCUGAAAAUGUUCUUCAUGUGGCAUCUCAGAAAUUUCUGUUUAAUUAUUACAUCUCUUGGUUGAUGAUUACAACGAGGAAUAAUGAUGCUACGAUCGAUACGGUGCUUCGACAUUUGAAUAUCGGUAUUGAUAGUGAUGUCGUGGUUGCUACACCUUCUUCAUUCUACUCGAAAAUCCAAAAACUACCGGGAAGAACCUGUUCCUUCUUACAACGUUAUGGAGAUCAUUUUAAAUUUCAUGAGCCACCGAGCAAGAGAUUCGACGAAAAUGCAUCGAUCAACCUAAACUAUGCGAUUUUGGAGAAACGAACCGUAUUCUUCUAUUUCGUCCAUGUGUAUAAGAUCCGAUACGGUGAUAAUACCAGUCUGGUAACAAACUUCCUUGGAUCCUGGAAUCAAGACUCUUGGUCCUUUCACAAUCCAACGAGUGUCAAAUUACGAAAUGACUUCAAAGGAUUACCAAUUGUUUUUGGGGUAUUAAAUGGAACUAUUGAUGGAGAGAUGGAUUCUACCGAAGAAGAGACGGAUGAUAUUGCUCCCCUUAUUGAUUUUGCCAGUUUUGUUACCAGCAGUGUGAAUGCAAGCAUAGAAUUGGUAUCACACGAGAAGCUGGGUACUCUGAACAACAAAGUCUGGAACAAUCUUCUUGGAGAUGUGGUGAGCGGAACUGUGGAUAUUGGUUUGGGAUACAUAACUGUGAACGAGGAACGGCAAACGGAAAUGACGUUCAGCCAUCCAUUAAUUCGCUACAUGAGAAACAUUUAUUAUCAUCCCCUAGAGAUUGGUACGAUGAGAGACAUAUUUCGACAACCAUUCAAUAAUUACCUUCUAGGAUGUGUUGCUUCCACAUACGUUGUUAUAUUGAUUGUAAUGGGAUUAAUUAUUUACGCUGCGAAGAAUGUUCUCCAUUAUGAAGAAGAGAAACACAUUGGAAUAGGAGAGGCUACACUGUGGUGCAUCAGCAUAAUGUGCAUGCAAGGUUCACUAUGGAUACCAAGAAAUCCAUCAGGAAAAACAGUACUCCUAUUCAGCUUAAUUUUUUCUCUAGUCACAUACAGUGCCUACGCUGGUUUCAUUACUUCUAUAUUAUCAGUACAGGCCAGUGGUAUCAGAUCAAUCACAGACAUUCUUUCGCACAAUUUCAAAUUAGGAUACAGCAGAACCGACGACGAGUACAUCAGAAACGUGAAUGAUAGUAAUCUUCGAGAAUUGUACAUAAGAGCAUUCAACAACCGAGAGUCUCGAUUGGACACGACUUCCGGUCUCGCGAAGGCCGUGAAAGGGCACUAUGGUUUCUUCGUGAGCGCCACCUUGGCAAGACGAGCCCUUAGAUCGACGUUGAUACAGGAAAGGUGUUCGUUAAGGGAGCUACCACUUCCGCAGACCUUCACCAUGGUCGCUCUACCCAUGGCUAAUUCUUGUCCCUAUAAAAAGGUCAUUAAUUUAAACAUCCUGAAAAUCCGAGAACGUGGGGUAUUGAACAGAAUCACCGAUAGAAUGCUGCCCGAAAUGCCCCGCUGCAAAUUACCCACAACUUUUCACAGUGCCAGAUUAACCGACGUCUAUUCAGCUUUCUUUAUUUUGAUAGCUGGCGGAGUGUCGGCCAUUUCGAUAUGGAUCGUAGAAAGAAUUUGGAACAAACGUCGACAAAUGAAGGACACCAUUGUUCGUAGGAUGCGACAGCAUCAUCUGAUGCCGGAUUUCUCUCACCUGCCUCAUCUACCCCAUUUCCCUCAUUUCUCACAUUUGCCGCAAUUGCAUAUUCGAGGUGAAUUUUCCAAGGGACAUGAUUCGACGAAGAGCGACAACAAAUUCUUCGCUUCGAACCCGUCUACUUCUGUUCAGGAGAGACCAACACUUAAAGAAUCAUCUUUCAGAAGGGAGAAAGAGAAAGAUGAAGAGACACACUUGGGAGAUAAAACGAGUUAUCCGCGUUUCGAGCAGGCAUUUUAUGGUUCGAGAAAGCAGACGGGUUCUAAGCGUACGAAUUGGACUCCUUUCUAUGGAUUACAUAAGAAAAAGUUUGGGAAACGAUCCAAGGAUAAUGGGAGCAACGAUGAUACGAUAUUUCCUUUUCAUCAGUGAUUUUAGGGAACGUUAACCGAAGCUUAUAUUUCAUUUUAUAUUCGCGCCCUUUGGAAAUAGUGUUCCUAGUGUCAUCUAGUAGGAAGUCUUGCUUUUUUAAAUAAAAUUAGCAAUUUUUAUGCAUAAUUAGUGCAAGUAACACGUCUGUAAUGAUCUUUUUAAAAAGAAGCACAUUUAAAGUAAUACCAGCAGCACUUUGCUUUAAAUGGAAAAUUGUCAGUAUUAUUAAAAUUUACAUAAUUUAUUGUAAAUUGUUUCAGUAUUAAAAUCAU